AUGUUCUUUCAUGUAUGGAUUCUAUUCUUAUUGCUAUUAGUUAACACAUCAUUAGCAGAUCAUUAUAAAGGUGGUACUCUAUCAUGGAAACCAACAAAUCCAUAUUCUUUAACAAGUUCUAUUGAAAUUACAAUAACAGAACGACAUUCAUGGACACUUGCUAGAUAUCAAUGUAAUGAAAGCACUAUUAAUUCAUUAGGUGUUUACAAUGAUACACAAAAUGAAAUAACAGCUACAAUUAUUUGUAUAAGUUCAACAGCUACAUGUACAUCAUCACUUUUUCAAAAUAUUAGUUCAUCUUUAUAUUGUACUGAUUUUUCAACUGAAUUUCAAAUAUCUACAGGAACUUAUUAUACAAAACAAUAUUUAGCAAUAAAUUCUAUAAUUGAUGUUGCUUCAAGAGGUGCAGCUUGGGCAAGUGAAACUUUAACUAAUGAAUGGUCACUUGUUACUCAUAUUGAUUUAACACCUAUUUCGGGUAAAAUUAAUACUUCACCUGUAACAGCAUCAUUACCAAUUUUUCAAUUUUACGUUAAUGAAUUAUCUGUUAUACAAAUACUUGCAGCUGAUUGGGAUUAUGAUCAAGUUGUUCGAUGUCGUUGGUCAUAUCAAUAUUCAUUAGAUGAAUGUGGAAGUACAUGUUUUGAUCUACCAAAUGCUCAAUUAAAUUCAGUAGAUUGUGCUAUUACAUGGACACCUGUUCUUAGAUCUGCAGAUAUAGCUAAUGAUGCAAGACCUGGUACAUUUUAUAGUUUUACUUUUCAAGGUAGAAUUUAUUGUCUAAAUGAUUCAAUUGUUGAGUUUAUUUCAACAUCACCAUUUCGUGUACAAAAAGGAAAUAUAUUUCAACAAAGUAAUUAUACUUGGGCCGUAUCCGUUUCAUGGACUCCACUCAACAAUCAAACAGGUCUUCAACCAUUUUGUAUAGCAGCUGUAGAUAACAAAGGUCAAACAAGUAAUCAAUAUUGUGUAAUGCUUGCUGUAAAUGGUAGUAAUCCAUCGCUAACUCUUCCAACAUUUGUUCAAAGUACAGCAUCACCUGUUGGUACUGUUAUGCCUACACAAAUGCGUUUUAGCAUUCAAGCAACAACAUCAUUGAGAAGAACUAUUCGUAGUGGAACUUAUAUCGAUAUAUAUCAAUUAAAUAAUAAUGCCCUUUUUCGUCGUCUUGAUUGCAAAUAUUCACCGGAUGUUUAUUUUAUAAACUCUACAAUAGUUUUUUUCAUUCAUAAUCCAUCAUGGAGUUUGGGUGUUACAUAUUUUAUAACAAUGACGGAUGGUGUAGCUACUUCUGAUCAGUAUUGUGGUGUUGAAGCUGCUGGUUUUAGUAAUAAUAGAUACUGGAGAUUCACAAUAUGGAAUUCAGCAAUGUCAUCAACAACAACGCCUUCCACUACAACAAGCACAGCAACGACUCACACAGUAACUACUCGUUUUCUGGGUACUACAACAUAUAACACACUUUAUACAACAACUGGUAUUCCAGCUUAUACAACAUCAACAACAACAUCAACAACAUCAACAACAGCAACAACAGCUACAACAACAACAACAACAUCAGCUACUACAGCUACAACAACAACAACGACAACAACAGAUAAUAAUCUUGAUGCAAAUGUUAUUUAUCCAAAGGAUAUGGAACGUGCAUGUUUACAACCAAUAACAAUUGCAACAGUAAUUGUAACUAUUGCUGUUAUUCCACUUCAUUUUGUUGGAAUGACAACUCUCUUCGUUCAAAUGAAUUCACUUCAUCAAAAAGAAAUUUUACGAACUCGAAUUGCACGUCGUAAGCGUUUAGGACAAACACUCAAAUAUGAAGAAGAACAAACAUUAGUCUAA